AUGCCCGCCCGAUUGAGCCUGAGGACGGGCUCUCGUGUCUCUAUCCGAUGUAUCCGUAGCUAUUCCAGUGACGCCGGCCCCAUCAUCAACGUCGUGAAUGUCCCAGCACCCAACUCCGGGCACAUCAGGGUCCUAGAGCUCAACCGCCCAGCGGCGCGCAAUGCCAUCUCCAAGGCGCUCCUGGCGUCCCUGAGAGCAGAGAUCGACAACGUCCAGUCGCAAUACAGCAUGUCGGGCACUGAACUGUCGACAGCAUCAUCUACAGAGGCUGGCCCGACAAGAGCUCUCGUCCUGGCAAGCGCCGUGGAUGCGAGCUUCUGUGCCGGUGCGGACUUGAAGGAGAGGAGAGGAUUCACACAAGAAGAGACUACACAAUUCCUUGCAGAUCUCCGCGGCACCUUCAGGUCGCUCUCGAAUCUACCCAUCCCGACAAUCUCCGCCAUCUCCUCCCUCGCCCUCGGCGGCGGUCUCGAGCUUGCCCUCUCGACACACUUCCGCGUCCUUGCCUCCACAGCGACCGUCGGCCUCCCCGAGACACGUCUCGGCAUAAUACCUGGCGCUGGCGGCACCUAUCGCCUCCCAGCCCUCAUCGGCCUCCCGCGGGCUCGGGAUCUGAUUCUCACCGGCCGCCGCGUCUCCGCGCCCGAGGCGUACUUCCUCGGCAUCGCAGACCGGCUGGUCGAGAUCCUGCCCGAGGAUGAGCGGGACGCCGUGCCCGAGAAGGGCGAACAGAAGGAUGGUGAUCUGAACCUCGCGGCGAGGGCGAGGAAGUCCGUCUUGUCCGAGGCCGUGAGGCUGGCGUUCGAGAUCUGCGAGGGGGGUCCGGUCGCGGUGCGUUCGGCCCUGCAGGCCGUCAACUGGGCGCGGGAGGAUAUGGAGAACUCCAUGUACGAGCGCGUCGUGAAGACGGAGGAUCGCGAUGAGGCGCUUGAGGCGUUCAAGGAGAAGAGGAAGCCCGUGUUCAAGGGCAGGUGA